GUCGUUUGUUGAAUAAAGGUUUUCUUGAUUUUUCUAUAUAUGCCUCAAAGCUCAUGCUUGAAUUAAUCCCACACACACACACAAAUUAAACUAAAAAGAAAAUAUCUAAAUGGGGAAAUCGCAGUGGUUGUUGAAUAUGUUAGAACAAUAUAAAGCUUGCCUAGGAAUGAUAAUGGUGCAGCUUGCAUACGCAGGCAUGGCGAUGUUCUCUAAAGCCGCCAUUGAUAGAGGAAUGAGUCCUUACAUCUUCGUUGUUUAUCGACAGGCAUUUGCCACCAUAACCUUGGCUCCUUUCGCCUUCUUCCUCGACAGGAAGAACCAUGAUGAUCAUCCUUUGUCGUACACCCUAAUCUUGAAGAUUUUCUUGAGUUCUUUAUUCGGCAUAACUCUGAGUUCGAAUCUCUACUCAUAUGCAAUAAACUACGUCUCCGCAACCUUUGCUUCCGUGGGCAUCAACACAAUUCCGGCUCUCACCUUUCUCAUCGCUGUUAUAUUUAGAAUUGAGGCAUGUUCCAUAAGAAAUUCAGGAGGGAUAGCCAAAUUAGUUGGUUCGGUUUUGAGCCUAUCGGGAGCGAUGGUGUUCGCCUUCGUAAAAGGGCCUGUAGUUAGGUUGAUGAAAUGCUCAAAUUCGACGAAUUCUAAUAAUUCCAACGACUACAAAUGGAUUCAGGGUUGCAUGCUUAUGCUUGCUGCCAACUUUAUUUGGGCAUCAUGGUUUGUCAUGCAGGCACCUCUAGUGAAGCAGUAUCCAGCAAAAUUUCGCCUAAUAAUGCUGCAGUGCUUUUUUAGCUGCACACAAUCAUCAAUUUGGGCAAUGAGUAUGGAGAGGGACAUAUCAUCGUGGCGAAUUAAAUGGGAUCUCAAUCUUUUCUCGGUCGCCUAUUGUGGUGUAGUAGUGACUGGAAUAUCGUUCUGGUUGCAACUGUGGGCGGUAGAGAAGAAAGGGCCAUUUUAUGCUGCAGCUUUCACUCCAUUAAUUCUCAUCUUCACUGCUCUCUUCUCACUUUUUCUCUGGAACGAGAUGCUCUAUGUUGGAAGUUUUUGCGGAGGUAUAUUACUGAUAGCUGGAUUGUACUGCGUCAUAUGGGGAAAGAAUAAGGAAACCCAGAUGAAAGAAAAUCAAGAGAAAGUAGAUAUAAAAGAGGAAAUGGUGGUGUAGUGUGCACGCGCACUAAUAACUAAUCAUCAUCUUAUCAUCUUAAUUAUUGGUGGUGGAUUUGCUGACAUCAACAUUAAUGGCUUCCAAUAUUAUAUUGGCCUUAAUUAUGUCAUCAAAUUAAUCCCUCUCCCCCCUCAAUGUAUAUCACCCAUGACCCACUAUAUGUUCUUAAUUUUGAAUUAAGUAGAACAUCUAAUUUUCUAU